CUCUCCACAGAUAAACUGUCUCCUGCUCAGUGGUCAGCUCUGGUCUUCAUCUUACUGUCAUCAGAAGAAGAUCUGGACGUGUUUGACCUGAAGAAAUACUCUGCUUCAGAGGAAGCUCUUCUGAGGCUGCUGCCAGUGGUCAAAGCCUCCAACAAAGCUCUGCUGAGUGGCUGUAACCUCUCAGAGAGAAGCUGUGAAGCUCUGUCCUUAGUUCUCAGCUCCCAGUCCUCCAGUCUGAGACACCUGGACCUGAGUAACAACAACCUGCAGGAUUCAGGACUGAAGCUGCUGUCCCCUGGACUGGAGAGUCCACACUGUGCUCUGGAAACUUUCAGGCUGAGUGGCUGUAACCUCUCAGAGAGAAGCUGUGAAGCUCUGUCCUUAGUUCUCAGCUCCCAGUCCUCCAGUCUGAGACACCUGGACCUGAGUAACAACAACCUGCAGGAUUCAGGACUGAAGCUGCUGUCCCCUGGACUGGAGAGUCCACACUGUGCUCUGGAAACUUUCAGACUGAGUGGCUGUAACCUCUCAGAGAGAAGCUGUGAAGCUCUGUCCUCAGUUCUCAGCUCCCAGUCCUCCAGUCUGAGACACCUGGACCUGAGUAACAACAACCUGCAGGAUUCAGGAGUGAAGCUUCUUUCUGAUGGACUGCAGAGUCCACACUGUACUCUGGAAACUCUCAGGGUGGAGCCUGGUGGAGUCCGAUGGUUGAGACCAGGUCUGAGGAAGUAUUCCUGUGAACUCACCAUCGACACAAACACAGUAAACAUAUUUCUCAAACUGUCUGACAACAACAGGAAUGUGACAUAUGUGUUGGAGGUUCAGUCAUAUCCUGAUCAUCCAGACAGAUUUGACAGGUGUCCUCAGCUGCUGUGUAGAACUGGUCUGACUGGUCGCUGUUACUGGGAGGUCAAGUGGAGAGGAGAGGUUUACAUAUCAGUGAGUUACAGAGGAAUCAGGAGGAGAGGAGACAGUGAAGACUGUGUGUUUGGACAAAAUCAUUGGUCCUGGAGUCUGUGGUGCUCUGAUGGUGGUCGUUACUCUGUCUGGCACAAUAACAGAAGAACAGAGCUCUCCUCCUCCUCCUCCUCCUCCUCCUCCUCCUCCUCCUCCUCCUCCUCUGGUAGAGUAGCAGUGUAUGUGGACUGUCUUGCUGGCACCCUGUCCUUCUUCAGAGUCUCCUCUGACACACUGAUCCACCUCCACACCUUCAACACCACAUUCACUGAACCUCUUUAUCCUGGGUUUGGGUUUGGAUUCUGGCCUGGUUCCUCAGUGGUUCUGUGUUCUCUGUAGGAGUGAGAGUCUCCUCCUGUUAGAGAAACCUUCUCACACUGAACACAUCAGUUGAGUCUGUACAUGAUUGUACCUUUACACCUGCUCUUAGGAUUAUGGUUCUUUACACAUCUCACUACACUGAUGAAGGUAAGUUUUAUUUGUUUUAGCCAUGGCAAGGGAAGCAACACUUGGGCUUGUUGCAUGAGCUUCUUUCUUACAAUUUAAGAUGUGAUGUCUGAAAAGGAGGUGAUGACAAACUUUACAAACACAUUCAAGUCCUGUGCUAGACUUCUGUGAACAUUUUGACAGCAUUGUCCAUGAAAUUCAUUUCUUCACAGUUCUUGGAAGCCCUCUCUGUAUUAUGUAUUUUCACUUCAAUACAAUGAUCACCAUCUGUGGAAUACUUCUUAUUAAUAGCCAACUUUUUCUCCUUACAAUUAUCCUCAUCUAUGGCAUACCUCUCUUUACUUGCCAAAAUUCUCCAUAUGAGAAACAGCACAGUUUUCUGUACAUUCUUGUGCAAUGUCAUUGACUUCAUUUACAUUUUGUGUUGUUAAAGUUCUACCACUGGGUGGACAGGAGAAAUUGAAAUAUCUUUCUGCAUGUCUUUGAAUGCCUUUGACUAUUGCACUGCGCACUGGAAACAAAGUCCUGCAUCUCAUCACAAGCUGGUGGUAUUUCACAAGUCACAUAUCGGUCCACAAACUCUGCAAUAACGUCAUCAUCAUUUUUGUCAGCUCAAGGAGUAUUUUUCACCCAGAAGAUUGCAUGUGUCUGAGGUA